UUACUUGAGAUUUAUUUUAACGUACUUGUUUUUUUCUCCUAAGUGUUUUAUUGGGUGUAAACAGAGUCUUCUCUCUGUGUAUUUUAGUGUUGAUGAUGAUGGAUGUGAUGUGCUGUAAAUCAGUAGGAACUGAUCUGUCCAUGCUGGAUAUUGAUGAUUUCAUCACAGAAAUCUCUCAGCUGAAGAAAGAGGUGGCGUUACUGGAGACAAAGCUGAGGUUAAGAGGAGAUGAAGGACUGAAAAGAGAGGACUCCGAGCUCAGUCUGACUUUACUCUGUUAUACUGAGUCAAAGCACACAGACGCUCAGGACACUACAGUGUGUGACAGUAAUCAGGACUUACAGGAUGAGGAAUCUACUGAUCAAACCUCCACAGAGUCUCUGGAUUCUGUCUGUAACGCUGGAGAACAGCAGCAGAUCCUGCAGACCAAACUCAACAUGUGUUCAGUCAAACUCAUCGACUGCACGAACCUCAUGAUGAAGAUCAAAACUGAACCCACAGAAAUAAAAACUGAACCCACACCUGAUGAAUAUGAAGAAGACAAACACAAUGAUGGUCAUGAUUUUAUUCUGACAGAAGGGUCACCAUUUAAUGCAGUAAAGAUUGUGAAAGUCUUUGUACAAAUAAGAAGUGUCCAUUUGACUUCCUUCUACAAAAUAUUGGAUAACUCACUCAGUAAAUAUUCAUUACAUUUAAUAUUUUGUCUUGGAUCACUUUUUUGCAGUGGGUGUUGCCAAAAUUAGAUUUUUUGUGUGUGUGUGCAAUUCUAGCUAUUAUCCAGCCAUAACACGCUUGACCGCUGGCUUCUGUCUCUGUGUGAAUACAGAAAAAGAUACAGAAUCUCAAUUCAUCUUUCUUUGUGUAAAUAAAAGUGAAUUUAAUUGUUUCAUGUCUCUUUUUAGAUGUUAGAGGGGAUUAUGUGUGGAUGGAGAAUUAACGUCCUCGAUUCUUUCCUGCAUCACCGGUGGAGAGGCAUUGAGCUCAGAGAGACAUUAAAGAGAAAACGCACAGAAGAGAAACUCUUUACCCGCAGCAGAUCUGAGAUCAGCUUUACUACCUUACAAGAGAAGAAACUUCAUUCAGAAGUGCACAGAGAGAAUAAGAAGAGGAAGAAGCUUCAUUUUCACUGUCAGCAGUGUGGGAAGGAUCUUUUUGCAACAACAUUUAAUAUAAACGUCCACAUGAGGCAACACAGUGAAGUAAAGCCUUUCUACUGCACUGAAUGUGGCCAUUACUUCAGCACCAAACAAAAUCUUGAUGUUCAUCAGAGAAUUCACACAGGAGAGAAAGCAUACGAGUGUGCUCACUGUGAGAAGAGAUUUAGAUACAAACCUCAUCUGAAGAGACACAUGCGUUUACACACCAAUGAGAGACCCUAUCAGUGCAGUCAAUGUGGAAAAACCUUUACACGGUCAAGCUAUUUAAAAGCACACCAAAAAGUACACAGAGAAACUCUGUCAAUGUUCACACUGUGAUCAACGUUUCAAUCUGAAAUCUCAUCUGAUAGUCCAUGAGAGAGUUCAUACUGGAUAGAAACAUUAUGUUUGCUGUCACUGUGGAAAGAGCUUCUCUGGUCCAAGUUAAAGUUUGCUCAAUGUGAGAAGACAUUUGCUCGAUCAGAUGUCCCGAGGACUCAUCAGAGAGUUAGCACUGGAAAGAAAACUUACCACUGCUUGAUCUUUGAAGAGAGAUUCACUUAUUUUAACCGAGGUAAUGUUAGGUGUAAAUUCACAGUAUAUGGCAGCCAACCCAGCUGCCAGUAUUUUUUUGUUUUUUGAUUUUACAGCACACUUUUUUUGUUGUGUACGACCUGCAUCUGUCCUGUAUAUUAUUUAUAAAUUCAAUAAAAUAUAUAAGAAACUGAAAAUAAACAAAAA